AUGACGUUCACCCGCCUCAAUGGGGGCCCUGGGGGCCCCUUGCCUGCUGCUUUGCGCAGCAAUAGCAGCUUCGAGAGCAGCAGCAGCAGCAGCAGCAGCAGCAGCAGCAGCAGAAGCUGCAGAGGCAGCACAAGCGGCUGGUCUUUAAGUCCCCGCAUCAUCUCCCUUAAAGGCAUCGUAAUAAUUAAGCUGCUGGCGUUGGUGUAUUGCUUCUGCUGCGGCAGCGCUGCAGCACAGCAAACACAACAGCAGCAGCAGGAACAGCAGCAGUUGCUUCUGCUGCUGCCUCCUCUGCUGCGCCUCCAGCAGCGAAUUGCUUCUGGGCUCGCUCUCACUUGGACUGCUCAGAUGCAGGAGGAGCAGCAAGAAGAGCAGGACCUUCCUGCUGCUGCUGCUGCUGCUGCCGAUAGCACUUCAGCUGCUGCUGCUCCUUCGCCCCCACCGACACCUCACCAACAGCAAGCCUACGCAGCACAGCAGCAGAAACAGCAGCCGCAGCAGCCGCAGCAGCAGCAGCACCAGCACCAGCACCAGCAGCCGCAGCAGCAGCCGCAGCCUCAGCAGCAACCCCCGCAGCAUCAGCAGCAGCCCCCGCACCAUCAGCAGCAACAGCAGCAACAGCGGCAGCAGCAGGGGAGCAGCACGUCGAGCGACCUGCAUCGGCGGGAUUCGCUUCCUUCUUCUUCGUCUGGCUCUGCUGCUGGUGCCCCCCCAGCUGCAGCAGCAGCAGCAGCAGCAACAGCAGCAGCAGCAGAACCACGACAAAAAGAAGAGCUUUCAGCAGACAUGUUCUCAGGCCAAGGAACCCCACAGCCGAUUCGCCCGAUACGAACUCUCGCCUAUGGAAAUAUACAUCAAACAGCCUAUUACUUCGCAGAUUUGUUUGUAGGAACGGGAAUGCCUCAGAGACAAAGUCUUAUUCUAGAUACGGGGAGUUCAGUGAUGGCGUUUCCCUGUGAACAUUGCAAUUGUGCAUACCGGGUGUCUUACAUGGAAGGCAGCAGUUUGCAGGGUUUUUGGUUUCAAGAUGAAAUGCGUCUACCGCCUCCUCCUCCGCUGGUGUUUGCUGCUGCUAGCAGCCGCAGCGCAGCAGCAGCAGCACUAGGAUCUCCCUUUUUAAGCGGCAGCAGCAGCAGCAGAAGCAGCAGAAACAGCAUUCUUGAUCCCCCUUCAUUUGAUACAUCUGUUAUUGCUGCUGCUUAUAGGAGCAUCCAAUCGCUGCAGCAAUAUCUACAAUAUGCUAACUCCUUAGAAGCUCCUCCUCUGCAACAGCAGCAGCAGCAGCUGCUGCUGCAGCAGCGGCAGCGGAGGCAGCAGCAGCAGGUGUGGAGCGGCUUGUCGAACUCCCGCGACAGCAGCAACAACAGCAACAGCAGCAGCAGCAGCAGCAGCAACAGCAGCAGCAGGUCUGUGAGUGCAGCAGGAAUAACUGCUUCUUUUGGCUGUCAUAUGGAGGAGACAAACUUAUUUUUAACUCAAAGAGCUUCAGGCAUUUGGGGUUUAGAGGUGUGGAAUGCAUUCGGGCCUCCGACAUUUCCUUACUCUGUUUUGCUGCAGGAUCUGCAUGUGCCGCGUCCCCCCAGCAGCAGCAGCAGCAGCAGCAGCAGCAGCAGCAGCAGCAGCAGUGGGGCUCCGCUGCACCAUGUACCCCCUCCUGUUUUCACUCAGCGGUUUAUUCAUCAUAAUUCGCCUGUUGCAGCACCGCAGAUUGAAGGAGAGGGUGAGAGUAUUAAUGAAGACGGGUUUAGCAGCAGCAACAGCAACAGCAGCAGCAGCAGCAGCAGUUUAACAGGGCAGCGAGUCUUUGCUCUCUGUCUAGCAGAGCAUGGAGGGGUGCUUACCUUUGGUGCAGCAAAUGAAGAAUUUCAUCAGCAGCCUCCUAACUGGACGUCGAUAAUCGGUAUUAGAGACAGCUAUAAUGUGCGUCUUGCUGCAGUUAAAGUAGGGGGUGUGCUGCUGCCGCUGCUGCAGCACCAAGACACAGCAGCAGCAGCACGACAAGCUGAGUUCGUCCUGAACCAGCCCGCUAGCAUCAACAACAGCAGCAGCAACAGCAGCAGCAGCAGCAGCAGCAGCAGCAGCAGCAGCAGCAGCAGCAGGGGAUGGGGUAGGCCUGCUGCUGCUGGCGGUUUAAAGAAGAAAGACACUCUUCUCGUUUUAAUUGAUUCAGGAUCUACAUUAGCCUAUUUCCCUCGUCAUCUUUAUAAACAAAUUGUUGCUGCAAUAGAGCAGCAUGUGCUGCAGCAAAGAAAUCAAAGACAAACGCGCAGGCUCAGAGGAGACGAAAGUCGUCUCGAACAAAUACAGCAGCAGCAGCAGCAGCAGCAGCAAGAGCAAGAGCAGCAGCAGCAGAAAGAGGAUCAGCAGCAGCAGCAGGAUCAGCAACAGCAGCAGGAUCAGCAGCAGCAGGAUCAGAAGCAGCAGCAGGAUCAGCAGCAGGAUCAGCAGAAGCAGCAGCAGGAUCAGCAGCAGCAGCAGCAGCAGCAGGAUCAGGACCUGCUGAUGCUGCCAGACGAAUUAAAUGAUUCAGAAGGCAGAGGGGGAAUCCUUAAGAGGCCUCUAUUGGGUGAAACUGUUGAAGUUGCUGCACCUCCCGCUGCUGCUGCUGCUGCUGCUGCUGCUGUUGCUGUUGCUGUUGCUGCUGGUGCACAUGAAGGAAUCGCAGCUGGAGCAGCAGCAGAAACAGAACACAGCAGCACCGACGCAGACACACAACAAGGCCCCAGGUUGCUGCAGGAGCUCGGCAACAGCAGCAGGUAUAGCAGCAACAGCCGCAGCAGCAGCAGCAGCAGCAGCGGGGGAUGGAAUGGAGACAGCCUAAUUGUGAACAACAGCAGAACCUCCGCAGUUAACUGGGAAGGUCCUCUCGGCGAAGAGGCAGCAGCAGCAGCAGCAGCAGCAGCAGGAUCAGCAGCAGCAGCAACAGCAGCAGGUAGAGGAGGUCUAGAUAUAUUUUCUAUUCAUAGGGUGCACCCUGAUGUUGCUGCUCGGGGCCCCUUAGGUUUGUCUUCUCCUCGCUUUGUAGCAGAACCGCAAAGAAGGCCUCGAGUGAAGCAGCAGCAGCAGCAGCAGCAGCAGCAGCAGCAACAGGAGCACGAGGAGGAUGAGGAGGAGGAGCCAGGUUCUGUGCUGCUGACGGCAGCAGCAGCAGCAGCAGCAGCACUAGAAGCCUCUACUCUUCCUUCGUCUCUAGCAAGUGCUGCAGCUUCUAUCACCCCUCCCUCGAAACCAGCAGCAUCAGCAGCAGCACCAGCAGCAGCAGCAGCAGGAGGAGCAGCAGAAGGAAGCGAAGUAGCCGACAGUGAAGCUCUUCCUGUCUUAAUGGCUUUGCAAGCUGUAGCAGCAGAUGAAUAUAGCGAAGCAGAAGCAUAUAAGCUGCUGCCUCCUUCAGCACCUCGAAGAAAGUCUCAAGCAGUUAAAGUUGAUAGUCCAGGCGGAGAAGUUUGUUAUUUUUUACCUCGAGGCCGCAAAGAUUUGCUGCAAUUUCCUGUAAUAGAGCUUCUAUUUAUUCCUGCUGCACCUCCAGCAGGAGCAGCAGCAGCAGCAGCAGCAGCAGGAGCAGCAGAAGGAGGAGACCAACAACAACAACAGCAGCAGCAGCAGCAGCAGCAGCAAAGGUGGGUAAGAUGGGAGCCUAAUGCUUAUCUUUAUAGUAAAGGUAAUGAGCAUUACCGCUGCAUCGCAAUUAGCGAAGACAGCAGCAAUAAAGACUCCGCUGUACUCGGCAGCAGCUUCUUCAUCAGCAAAGAUAUUAUUAUUCACAUCACCGAAGAAGUCAUCGGCUUUGCUCCUGCUACCUGCCCUUCUAUCAAACUUAAAGAUAGGCCUGAGAUUCCCAAGUUAUAA